AGUAUCUGGGAUAACAUGGGAAAUAUUCAAGCCAACGAGAAACAACUAAAAACGGGUAAAUCACCGGCGAAAGGUAAACAUUUCAUAAGGAACCUAAACAGGAAAUCGCCAGGGCGUGAGAGCAAAAAACAUGGAAGGAAAAAAAGUGAUAUCAAACGUGAGCCGUUCGACAGAGAGUUUGAUAAAACGCCAGAUUCAGAUAACAACGAACCGGUCGAAACAUCAGAUAACGAUACGGUCGAGUGCGUGUUCAAAACAUUGUCGCGGGACGGGGAGCGCGGCGAGUCGAUGAGCGCGCAGUCAGAGGUAACGGUGACCAGGUGCGAGUACGAGCCGCGCGUCGAGCGGCGGUCACCGACCCGCGACCAGCCGCCCAGCGCCGACUCCACCUCGGAGUCAGUGUUCACGGACCCGCUCACGCCGCUCGCCGUCGAGCUCAACCAGUGCUACUACUCCGCCGAGAGCGACAGCGCGCACGACGACCUGCCGCGGACCCUCACGCCCUCGCUGCCGACACACGAAUGUUGUCCCACUCCGCUCACCGUAGACAUGCCGCACGACGAUGCGGCCUCUACGCUUUCCGCCGAUGACACGGGAAAAGAACAAAAACUUGAUGUUAUCGAUGACAGUUGUCACACAUUGGAUAAUGAAAAGGUUAUGGGCGGUAUACUAUCGGGAUUGCGAACUGACACCCUAGAGAGGAGCACGCACGAGUGCAACCAUGAUUUCCGUGACAACCGGUUGAAGGCUUCUCCUGGGCAAACCUCGUUUACACUGUCAAAACAUCGUAAAGUGGAGCUGCCACCUGUAGGUUACGAACCUUCCCUAACUUUACUCGACCACGCUGUGAAAGGCAAAGAGCGGCGGCCGGUGAGUGUAAGCGAAGUGUCGUCUACUCUAGAAUCAAAUGUUCUGCGGAAGGUGGCCUCAUUGACACUGGAGAAACAUACAGAGUCCAAGAUUAUACGGCCUAAGUUCGUUCCCGACAAACUAGACUUCAAGCUUUAUGAAAAGUUCGAAGGUCAGAUGCUUCUAAAUUGGUUCAUAUCGUCGGUUACCGAGAACAAUCAUUUAAAAAGUUUAUUGAGCCUGCAAGACUUAAAAAACCUUGGCAUUCAAUACUGUACACAUCUCCUAGCAGCCGGGGUGCUUAGACAAAUACCAGAUAAGGAUGCACCAACGGAAUAUAUAUUUAAGCCCAAUUUAAUGUAUUACUGGGCCCAUAUGGAGGUGCCAGCGUCCCAGCCCGUAACACCCGGUAGGCUGCACAUGUCUGCAUGGCUCCCAGACAAAGAUAUCAAUCGUUUAAGCCAAGAUAACUUGAUAGACAAAAACAACUUUAAAAAUCAAAACAACAAUGAAGAAAUAAGUGAUAUUAGUGAAGCUAAAAUAUUAAUUUCCCAGUUAAAACGUAAACUAAAAGAUCUUGAGUACCAGUUAGAGAAAUAUAAGAUAAAUACUCAGAUUGAUAUACUUAACAAGAACUUGGAAAAGGGAUUUGAAUCUAUCACUGAAUAUAAUUUAUUAAAAAAUAAAACUGAUUUGAUCAGUAAAGAGGUGCAAACAUUUAACACAGCAAGCGAACUGAAUAAUCUGUCUAACAAAACUGUGAUAAGCAAACCAGAAUGUGACCCUGUGAGAACUAAUGUACAUAUUGAUAAUAUUUUAGUGUUAAGUAGCCAAGGCGGCAUAAAUGAUAAAGCCAUUCAAGAUGAUACAAGUAAACCUGAGAUAAGAUCUGAAAAAAUAGAAAAUUAUUGUAAGUUAAAUAAAAGUAGAGAUUGUAAUAAUGUAUUCAGAAAGGAAAGUUUAUUAGAAUAUGAAAGUGUUGAAAGCGAAAAGCUACCUGUGAAUACUAAAAUAACAAAAGAAACCUUAAGUUCAUUAGAACCAGUAAACAAUAGUGAACAGAGCACCUUUGACACCAUCUGUGAAAGUUCAUCAGAAGCCUCAUUCCUCAGUUCAUAUGCAUCGGCAGAUUUAAUUGUUACUAAAGAGCAAAGUCCCUUAGACUUAAAUAAAACAAAAAAUGUUGCUUUAAAAAAUGUUUCAUCGUCAACAAAUAUUCCCAGUAUGCAGGUUUUAUAUACUAUGGACAAAAAACAAAAUGAAUUGGUUGAACCUAUUCAGCCUUUACACAAGCAAACAAAUAAUCAGGAUGUAAUCAACGGACCUUCCUUAAAUAAUCAACAUAAUAUUCUUAAAAAAAACAAAGUUGAUGUAUCUAUAUCUCAAAGAAGAGAGUCAACAGAUGAUGUAUUUUUAAGAUCAGAUGAAGAGCCUAAAGAAUUAGAACAGGGAUCGCCACUACCUCCUCCUCUGCCAGGCAUGCCACCACAUCCACCUCCCACUCCUGGAACAGACGGGACCCGUGUAUCAACUACAUACCAAAAAACUUCUUUACCAUCUCCAGUCUUAGAAUCAUCCACUUCAUUUUAUAAAACGGGGCCAUCACCACCACCAAUGCCAGAAAUGGGACUUUCUCCUUCACCUCCACCACCAAUGCCAAUGCCAGCAAUGGAUCCGCAACCACCACUAAUGUCAGAUAUGGGGUCACCACCAUCACCAAUGUCAAAAAUGGUACCGCCCCCACCACCCAUGUCAGGAAUGGGACCGCCCCCACCGCCAAUGCCAGGAAUGGGACCGCCCCCACCGCCAAUGCCAGGAAUGGGACCGCCCCCACCUCCAAUGCCAGGAAUGGGACCGCCCCCACCGCCAAUGCCAGGAAUGGGUCCGCCCCCACCGCCAAUGCCAGGAUUGGGACCGCCCCCACCGCCAAUGCCAGGAAUGGGACCGCCCCCACCGCCAAUGCCAGGAAUGGGUCCGCCCCCACCGCCAAUGCCAGGAUUGGGACCGCCACCACCGCCAAUGCCAGGAAUGGGACCACCCCCACCACCGAUGCCAGGAAUGGGACCACCCCCACCGCCAAUGCCAGGAAUGGGGCCUCCACCUCCUCCUAUGCCUGGUUUUGCGGUAUCUCCACCUUCAGGUAUACAUCCACCUCCACCGCCUAUGCCUGGUGCUGGUCCACCAGGGAUACCUGGCCUGGGGCCCGGGCCUCCCCCACCACCAUCAUCAAGUUUAGGACCAGUACCAUUCCCAGCACCUCCUGUUGGUGGAUGGAAUAUGCAGAGAUCAACUCUAAGGAAAACACCAGUGAAACCAGCUGCCCCAAUGAAACCCCUGUAUUGGACCCGAAUACUAGCAGCUCCACCUGUAUCAAGUUGUCAAGGAGAGUCAGAGCCUAGUUCAAAACCAUUGUGGUUGGAAAUAGAUGAGACACCAUUAGACAAUAUUGAUGAGUUUACAGACCUUUUCUCUAGACAAGUUGUAAAAGCCCCAGCCAAAAAGAAAGUUGAAGUAAAAACAAAAAUUCAACCAGUUAAGAUAUUAGACAGUAAGAGAUCGCAAAAUGUUGGUAUACUUGCGCAGAGUUUACAUGUAGAGUUCUCAGAAAUUGAAAAUGCUAUAUACAAUUUCGACACGUCUGUUGUGAGUUUAGAAGCUUUGCAGCAAAUUUAUGAGCUGAGGGCGAAUGAAGAAGAACUAUCUAUGAUAAAAGAACACCUCAAAAGUAAACCUGACAUACCGCUAGAUAGGCCAGAAGCGUUUUUACACGAUCUCUCUGGCAUACCAAAUUUUGCGGAAAGAAUAUCGUGUUUUAUGUUUCAAGCCGAUUUUGAAGAUUCUAUAAGUACAACGAUGCACAAACUGGAUAAUUUGAAACAUACUUGCGAGUUUCUUACAACUAGUGAAUCUCUUAAAAAACUUUUUGCCAUUAUCCUCACUCUGGGUAACUAUAUGAACGGUGGUAACGGGCAAAGAGGCCAGGCAGACGGAUUUGGACUCGAAAUACUCGCUAAAUUAAAAGAUGUCAAGUCGAAGCAGUCGAACGUGACGCUGCUGCACUUCAUCGUGCGCACGUACAUGCGGCGGUGCGGCGGCGCGUUGUCGGGCGCAUGCGCGCUGCCCGUGCCGGAGCCGGGCGACGUGGCGCGCGCCGCCGCGCUCGACUUCAACGACGUCGCCGCGCACCUCAACGAUCUCGACAAACAGCUUAAAGCAUGUAAAGGAAAAACGAAGAAAGUAAUAGAGUCAGAUACCCAAUCACGGAAUGUUGCGGAGGAGCACCAGGGAAGUGAAACCAAGAAAGAUAAUACCGAUGUAUUCAAAGAAAAAAUGACAACUUUUAUAUAUGCGGCCGAGGAAAAAUUAAAGACUGAAAAUGAAAACUUAGAUGAAUGUCGAAAUAAAUUUAUCGCUACAGUUAAGUUCUACCAAUAUACCCCUAAGUGUGGUAAAGUAGAAGAAUGUGAACCGAAAGAGUUCUUUUCUUUGUGGACAUCAUUUUGUAGUGAUUUUAAGGACAUAUAUAAGAAGGAAGAACAGAUCGCGAUAAAAGAAAAGUUAAAAGAAGCUAAGAAGCUUCAGGAUGAAAGAAAAUCUUUAACACAACCAAUAAAAGAAGGGGGACUGAAAGCAAGACUACAGAAAUUAUCGAGUUCUAGAAAAUGAGAACUUAUUUAGCCUUUUUGUAAUUGCAUUGUUAUAUGGAAAUAUUACUGUUGCUAAUUAACCUAAAUAGAGGUAUUGCUCUGUUGACGGGCUAUCAAUUUCAAGAAUGUUAGUAAAAAAAAUAUGUCAUGGAGGGACAGGAGAAAAAGGUGGAUGAUUUUCUAAUGCCAGCUGGAAAUUGAUUAUUUGUAUUUAUAGCUUAUGGCAACCAAAUUAACGCAUUUCUUCAAAUCUUUAUUUCGCGUUUCUGAAGUACAAACACAAUAAAAAAGAAAUACUGACUCAAAACUUCAUAGUAAUAUUUUUUUUACAAUUCCAUGCUCUGCAUCUAUCAGGAACUAUCUUAAAUUUAUAUUGUGCACUUGUAUAAUUCAUAAAGCAUUGAAAGGUUGCAGAGGCACUAAGGCACUUAAGACAUUAAGUAUUUAUAAUUUUAUGCAUUUCACACAACUACUUUUCUCCAUAAAAUUAAUUGUAUUGGCAAAGAUCAAGAGAGUAAUGUUUCAAAACUAUGUUGAACUCAUAAAAUAUUACACAAUAACGAUAGACUGGCUCUAUAUUACAAGGACUUUUUAAAUUUCUAACAAGUAAUAUGGUGAAAAUUUUAAGUCUACUUUUUCCAACAUAAGUAAAAAUUAAUAUAAGAGCCUGUAAUAGUAAGCCCACAAAAUGACAUCAGAAGCAAAUAUGUUAUGUGGAGUGUUGCAUGUAAAAAUCCUUUAUUGCCUGUUUUUUUGAUGCAUAGAAUACUUGGUCAAAACAUACUGCAUACUAACAAUUUAUCAAUUUGGCCUAUUAAAAUGUAAAUCCACAUUAAUUGAAAUGUAUAAAAUACAUUGCUAUUAUAUGUACUCUUGUAAUAUAAACAUAACAUCACCUAUAAUUUUGUACCUGAGCUGUGCUUUUUUGGAUACUUUAACCUGUAACUGCCAGCGUUUCUAUAUCUAUGAAGAUGGUGCUGUAUUUACUGUUAUGUGUAAAUAAAAUAAAAAAUAUUUAAGUAUUAAUAAUAAAAGUAA